UUCGACCACAGCAGGUCCAAAAUUAGGCUUAAAAUUUCCGUCAAUAGUCUGGAAGGGACCUCAUCCAGGGGACAAGUUGAUGACAUUAUAUGGUUAACCAUAUCAUUGAGAGCAGUCUAACAGCUCUGAUAGAAACACAGGAGACAGUGAUGGCAGCUGUGGGAGGAGAGGCUCGUCUCAACUGUCUGCUGAUGCAACCUAGAGAUGUUCUUGAGGUCACAUGGCAGAAACCUUUAACUGAGGGGGAGAAGACUGUUGCCACCUACAACAAACACUUUGGUCAGAAAGUGAAUCCUGACUUUAGAGAUAAAGUGGAGUUUGAAGCGGCUGGACUGCAGAACAGCUCCAUAGUUAUCAGGAAGGUGACGGAGCAGGAUGAAGGAUGCUAUCACUGUUUGUUUAACUCCUACCCUGAAGGUGCUCACACAGGUACAACCUGCCUCAAACUCUAUGAGCUUCAUGAACCUGUUCUACAUGUUGGAGAAUCAAACUCUGCUGAAGAGGCACUUGUGUCCUGCUCGGCCACAGGUCGACCUGCUCCCACAGUAACAUUAAGUGUCCUGCCACACAACGGCCACUUUGCUAACCACAGCUCUGUGGGAGUCACCAACACAAAUGGUACAGUCACUGUCACCACUACAGCUGUGCUGUCUCGUCUCCAUCAUAACAGAACACAGGUUGGAUGUGCAGUGCAAGUGCGCUCUGCUCCUCAGAUAGAGGUGUUGGUGAUGAUUCCUGAGGUCAAACAGUCGUCUGCUGCUGGUUCUGAUGAAUCUGAUGACUGUAGUCGCAGUUGGACUUCAAUAAUUUUAUUGUCAGUGGUAGGGACUGGUGGUUGUGUUGCUGCAGUCAUCCUUUUCUGGCAACAUCAGAGCAGUCUGACACACGGGGACAUUGAGGAGAAUGAAUGCAUCAAACUACAAACGGAGACACUCAGGAUUUGUCACACAGAGACUCUGGAUAUCAAGACACAAUCAAUAGAAGGCCCUAACGAAACCAGGGAACAGAAAUCUAACGAACGACAACCUAAAGGCAUCAUCUUCAACCCAAAGAAGACUUUGUUUUGACUAAUGUAAUUGACUCAGAAUAACCCACAAGAGCCAGUACUGAGCCAGACCUGAACGGAAACUGCAUGGGAGGCAAAUAAUCCUGCUUUGUAAAUGACAUAAAAGAUUACACUGCAAACCCUGUACAACAUUCAUCUAUUUCUUUAACAACUUGGUGAGAGAAAACAUGUUUCCCAGUAGUGUAAAUAAACGAGUAAAUUAAAAGUGUAAAUAUGACAAAAGUUGUGGGAGAAACAUGUGAAGUGACUCUAAAUGAAAACUUGGGUUGACUUCAGUGGUCAUGUAUUAGUUAAUCACAUUAUCUAUUAAUUUUAUUUAUUUUAAUGUACGCUACCUUCUACUCUUGUCUGUUCCCAUGUUAAUUUUGCACUGUUCUGUACUAUGCCACUUUGUGUUUAAAUUUGUCAAUGCUUGCUGCCUUGUAGUCGACUACUGUUCUGAAAUAAUACUGGUAUUUGUUUAUUAUAGUAGCAUUUGUAUAGAAUGAAUACUUUAACCUGAGGGAACCUAUGUAGGUAAUGGUGAAUAUUCUACUAUGUAUAUGCUCUAAACAGUAAUAUUUCUUUCUGUUUAGAAAUAAAAAUAUUUCUGCAGAACAUACACACAAACACAAGUUCACAAAUCUAGCCUAAAGUCUGUUUUAGUGCCCUGGAGAAUGAACACUGGGGUCCUGUCAACAACAAAGUCAGCCAGUAUGUCCUUUUUCCUUCAUUUCACACUGUGUUCAACUCUGCAUGCUGUUGCCUGUCUCCCCGCCUGGGCUUCAAUAAACAAUGCUCUGUAAGACUUCCUGA